UCAUUCGGUCCUUUGAACCCGAUAGAACAAAUUCGGUUUAAUUUGCAAUUUUUUUGCAGCCACCUUUUUUUUAAUAAUUUUUAAAAAAUAAUCUAUAAUAGUAUUAGUCAUGCGCAGCCUACUUUCGCAUCGGUAUGACAACAAGCGCGAGGAAUUCUACGAGCGUUACGAAGAGGCUAGGAAACGUCACCCGAAUUUGCCACUUUACGAACGUCCGUUGGAGCCGACGAAGCUGCAGGUUUUCAACGCCAGCAGUCGGCGCUUUCAAUCGUAUCGGCAAUUUUCGAAUUUGUCACGCGAGCAGUUGGAAAGCGAUUCCUGGCUGUCGAGCAACCAGCUCUCGAUUGUUUUAAGAAGUGAAAUCGAACAGAUAACCGGCACGCCGACAAUGCCGCGCUACGAUCCGUCGACGGCCACCCAUGAAUUUAGCCACAAUGGCAAGCCCCGUCGUGGUCGUCCUCCAUCGGCCGCCACUGUGGCCAAAUCCAUUUCGGAUUUUGCCGUUCAGGUUGGCGGAUUGCCUGUUCCCGUUCCGGUUUUCGACUCCGAUGAGAGCGGCGAAUCGCAGGAGGAGGAGGAAGAGGAGGAGACCGGCGAGUCGAAGGAAUCGGAGGAGGAGGAGUCCGGUGUAUCGAAGGAGGAGGAGUCCGGUGAGUCGAAGGAGUCGGAAGAGGAGGAAAUAACCAUUGAUCUCGACUUCGACGAUCCCGAGCUGAAAUUGGAGCCAGAGCCAGAGAUUGAGUAUACUUUGGCCAAGUUUCAGUCGAUUCAAGAGGUGACGAAGAAGAACAAGCCAGUUGAGAAGAAAUCAAAAAAGAACUUGAUGUUCGAAAACGAGGAAAACAAAUUUGUGGACGAAAAUAAGCCACCAUUGGGCACUUACCCAUGCCCAAAGCCAAACUGUCAGCAAGUCUUCAAGGGUCGCCGCGGAUUGUACAAGCACCAGCGCGAGUCUGGGCACCACAGCUGGUCACACAAGUGCGUGGAGUGUGGCCAGGUCUUCCGCACAGCGGGCUUCAAACGCAUGCACUCGAACAAAGCCUGCGAGCGCAAUCUGCACAAGUUGCGAAGCUCAAAACCGAAUGAAUUCAAACAACUUGUGCUGGGAACAAUCCAGAAAUAAAUCCGCCAUACCUCUCUCACUUAUUCCCCAUUUGUGCCACACAUCGAGAAAUAAUUUGAUAUUUGAAUAAAGGCCUUUUUUUCA